AUGCCUAAAAAGAAUCGACGUACAUUAUUGUGUGAAUCUUUUUUGAAACAACGAUAUUCAAGUGAAACUUUAGGAAAUGAAAGUGAAGAUAGUACCUCUGAAGAAGGGGAAGAAAUGGAGACCGAAUUAAACAAUAUCAAUAUUGAAGAUAAAGAAAAGAUCGAUUUCGACAAGCCAAUAUUUCUGAAUGAUAUUGGUGAUAUCUUCCAAUUGUGUAAAGCGUCCUGUCCUCUCAAAUACUUAAGUGUAUUAGUCUAUACGACCUUACGGCAUGUUGGUCUAAACUGGCAGCAAUGUGAUGAUAUUUUACGUCCAAUAGGUUCAUUAUUAAGUGAAACAUCACAAAAACACACCGAAGCCUUCCUUUUUGGUGAUUUCAAAGAUUUUACGAGUGAACACCGUGGUGGCAAACAUACUAGUGCAUUUUUUGAUGAUUUUCCUGAAAUUGAAACUGAAGCUAAAGUUUAUACGCUUACCCGGUGUUCCGAUAAAGCAGCAAAUUUUAGUAUUAAUGAUUUAGCGAGAUUUAUCGAUGAGAAAUAUUAUGAAACAACUGGAACAACAAAACCAAAAGAUAGUGAAUUAAUUAGAUCGAAAGCUUCAGUUCGUCUGGAUUUACGACGUUGGGGAGCAACUUUUCGUGAGAAUGGAGCACGUCCAUACUGGGAGGGCCAUGAAAGAGCAGAUGUUGUCAAAAGUCGUGAAACAUUUAUAAAUUAUUUUUUGGAUAAUAAACAAAGUUAUUACACAGUCAAUGAUAACGAAAACUUACCCGGUUGGAUUAAACCUGAGAAAAAGCCAGGUCGAAUCCUUAUUUGUAAGUAUAGAGAUUCAAAUGAAAAAGCACAAGUUUUAGAUUGUUUUUUCGUGAACGAACCAAAUCGUGGUUUAAGUAAAGGCUUGGCGGUGCUUGGAAAGGAGUUGAAUGUAAGAAAUGCUGAUCGUCUGACAUUACCAGAAUUACGCUCUCAUCUUGCUGAUCAUCCAGCAUUUCAAACCGUAGGAUUUGUUUAG